AUGGCAGACUUGGCGAGCAGGGUCAAGAUUCCCUCCGGAACUCCUCGCGUUCGAGACUGGUAUGUCCAGCGUAGGGCGGAGGUUGCCCAUGCUUGCGAUCACCUCGAGAUCACGAGCAGCAGCCGUGACUCCUUCGAACGUAAUAAUUCCGCCGAAAACCAACGGGUGGUUUUUGGGCUUGCCGGACCAGGCGGCGCGGGAAAGUCCACGGUCGCCUCGAUGGUGAUCACGCGCGAGGACGUGAGAGCAUCGUUCCAUAAAGGGGUGCUAUGGUUGCCGGUGGGACAGGGGGCAAAGGACCGCCUUCCUUCCCCCAUGCUCGAUCUCGCCGGAAUGGUGCACAAGACCGCCCUUUCAGAAGAACCAUAG